CUUCUCUUAUAGUUUAAAAAAGAAGGCGAUCCCAAGACUCCCAACAAGAACCAGAAUCACAGUUACGACCCGAUAGGAGGCCUGAUGGUUGGUGACAGUUAUAAUUGGUUGUGGAAUAACCCAGUAACGCGAGAGGUCGCCCGCUGCCCGAAGGUCGUCGGCGAUUUGCUGCACUGGGGAUACUCCAAGGGCUCUGGCCAGGAAGUGGUAACGAAAGUUGUUGAAGUAGUUCCAACAGAUAUGAUCAACAUACCUUCAUAUGCUCGUUGGUUUGUUCGUUUGGCUGGCGUCUCUGGUGCAUCUGCUGUGGCCCUUGGAGCUUAUGGUGCUCAUGUGUUUUACCGUCGAGAAUAUCCAGAGGAGUUGAAGCAGGUAUAUGAGACAGCCAACAGAUACCACUUCUUGCACACAUUGGCCUUGCUUGGAGUCCCUCUCUGCAGAAGACCAAGAGUGGCUGGAAGUUUGAUUGUGGCUGGCACAGCAAUCUUCUGUGGAACAUGCUAUUACUAUGCAUUGACAGGAUCAAAGAAUGUUCGGCAGUAUACACCGUAUGGAGGAAUGUUACUGAUUAUUGGAUGGUUGGCCAUGAUCCUUUAGCUGUCAGAGAUUAUCAAAAUAUUUGGAAUGUAUAGUAUGGGAGGGCAGGGAUUGAGGUAUGAUGACAUAUGCAUUUUCUGACUUACUUUUCUAUUCUUGUAUAUUUUUGUUGGCACAGUUAGCUUAUAUAUUUUGCUUUAGUAUGAGUGAUUAUGUUACGGUUUGUAAGUCUCCAUUUCAUAAUUCAAUUUAGAAGAAAAUGUAACAACUGAUAUAAACAAGUUACUUCCCUUUGUUUAAUAAAUUAUGCCUGCAGAGAUCAGUAUUGCCUUUUAAUUUGGGUUAAAUGUUAUUAGUUGAAAAUCACAUCAAGUCAGUGGAAAGAGAUUCUUAAGUUAGUUAUUUCUAGAAUCCAAAGUUAUAUUUCAUAUUAAUUGUAGUAUAUAUAAUAAAAUAUACAAAACCA